AUGGACGCGUUACGCGGCCUUGCGUCUUACAGUCGCGCGUACUGUAGCAAAUUAUGGACUCAGUUGACGAGGACAAAAUUUCGCGACGAGGAUCGGAUACCGAUACAAGACGAAGUCGCUGCUUCGCAACCACGGAAAUCACGCUUUCAGCUGAUCGUGCUGAGCGCCGCCGUAUGUGGUAUAGAAUUCUGUUACGCGGCAGAGACGGCGUAUGUGAGCCCGACAUUGCUUAAAAUCGGCGUACCAGAACAAUACAUGACGCUGAUAUGGUGCUUAAGUCCAAUGUUAGGUAUCUUUUUAAUGCCGUUUAUAGGUUCUGGGAGCGAUAGGUGUAAUUCAAAGCUAGGACGUAGAAGACCCUUCAUUUUACUUCUUUCUGCCGGUAUUGUCAUUGGGUUGAUAUUUGUUCCAAAUGGAAAAGACAUAGGGUUGGCAUUGGGGGACAUCGGUGAAAAAGGACUUAUAUUUCCUCACGCUACUAUAAAUGGGACUAUUAAUAAUUUGACAAACAGCAAUACAACUAUGCUUCCAGAUUAUAGCUAUUGGGAUUACAUUGUAUUACAUCAUCAUCUCGGGCAGUAUCACGUGAUCGGGAUUAUAGUCACUGUCAUCGGCGUUGUCAUCUUAGAUUUCAGCGCGGAUGCCUGCCAGGCGCCAUGCAGAGCGUAUCUUUUAGACGUGUCUGUCGAGGAAGACCACGUCAAAGGUCUCGCUUCGUUCACAAUGAUGGCUGGCUUAGGUGGUUGUCUCGGAUACACUAUGGGGGGUAUUGAUUGGACCCAAACUGUUAUAGGAGUUGCUUUAGGUUCCCAAGUCCGUGUCGUGUUUACCAUUGUUUUGCUGAUUUUUGUCGUUGCUGUGGCUUUAACGGUGACAGCAAGUAAAGAAACGCCACUUUAUGAAUUAGAGAAACAAAAACGUCGCAUAAAAAUAGGAUAUACCGAGAUGAGUGAGGAUAGCGAAGGUAGAGAGAUCUACGAAAUGAAACAUUCCUACGGCACCGACAAAGAAAAAAUCGCCGGUGGCAUUGUAUCUAAGACUGUUGAGCAAUUGCAAACGGAAACUGGUUACCAAGUCAUUGACGAACAAAACGAAACAAAUGAGAUGGAGACCAGGGAGUCGGAAACGAAAACUCCCGAAAACAAAGAUAUAGUGACGUCAUAUCAAGAUGAAGAUAUUGAGGAUGCUGCUCCAAUUACCAUGAAAACGUACCUACUAUCUGUCAUAUACAUGCCAUACUCAGUGCGUAUACUGUGUUUAACUAAUCUGCUUUGUUGGAUGUCCUUAGUUUGUUAUUCUCUUUAUUUCACCGAUUUCGUUGGACAGGCGGUGUACGGUGGCAAUCCCAAGGCUCCGUUGGGAUCGCAUGAUCGCCUCAAGUACGAACGUGGCGUGCGAAUGGGAUGCUGGGGGAUGGCCAUUUACUCCCUCUCGUGUUGUUUCUACUGCGGAUUUAUUGACAAGUUAGUGUACCGAAUUGGUGCUAAGAUUGUCUACAUCACAAAUAUACUAAUCUACAGUAUCGGUAUGGCUAUUCUAGCUAUUGCUCGCACUCCCGCCGCUGUUAUUAUAUUAUCAUUUACUUCCGGUGUUAUGUAUGCGACCAUAUUCACCAUGCCAUUCCUUAUAUUGGCUUACUACCAUUCCAGUGACACGUUCGAGAAAGUUCGUGCUGGUGAAAGGAAAGCGGGACGAGUUCGAGGUCUUGGCACCGAUAUCGCAUUGGUCCAAAGCAUGGUCUUUCUGGCACAAUUAAUAUUAUCAUUAUGUAUGGGAACCAUAGUACACGCCGUACACAGCACUAUCGCAGUAGUCGUCAGUGCAUCGCUUCUGUCGUUCUUUGGAGCGAUCGCUGCUUCCAAAAUCAUGUACUUAGAUCUGUAACUGAAAUACAUGAUCCUGUGUUGUAUCGUCUUUGUGUUUAGACCACCGCUAUCUUCGCUUUUACUUGUGUAGUGUAUGCCUGUAUCAACAGAGCUAUGUGUCCGUGACAGCCAUCAUACAAGAAAUACUUAUAAUGGACAUUCCAAAACACAUCGUGCGGCCAAGAUGUUCACAUUCUUCGGGAUAUUUACGUACAGUGCGUAGUAAUAUCGAUAUUUUUCAAAUAGCCGUCGGUUCUUUUUAAUUCGUGUGCCGAAUAUGGCCAAUCUACUAAUGUUGUUCUGUCGUACAUUGUGACAAAGUGAUCAAAAUGAACGUUUUUAUCCGUGUAUUUAUGUGUACAACUUUAUGAUUUAAAGCGCGACGUCAUGUUCGAUAUAGGUCUCAUAGCGACGUAUUCUCGGGCGGACAUCCGGGCAUUUUCACCGCCUGGCAAACACCAGGCCUCACGGUGAGAACAAAGGCCGAAAACUCAAAAAAAACAAAAAAACACACUAAUUUGGGAUAGUUGUUGAGACUCACCCAAAAAGUGUAAAACAUUACCCCUGCAUUUGAUUGUUCAGGCAUAUUUCGAAGUUUAGAUUGUGCUAUUUUCCCGAUUUCAGCUGUUUUCGCCCGCUCUUCCACCGGCGUUCCACAGCAGCAUGCGUAGAGCUCGUAACGUAAAACGUUCUAUGACGUAGCCCCGCCCCCAAGAAUACAACGUGAUUUGUACGCGCUGCCUGAUAGCUGUAGCACUUUACUGAAGGCGUAUACGUGUAUAUUUCCAGCCAACAAAUUCCCUAUUCAUGUAUUGUGGGCGUGGUCUAUCUGGGUAAUGUGAGGACGGGCAAUAAGAAAUGCAGAAUUAAAGAAAAAACUAGUACAUGUAUAUAUAUAUAUAUAUGUUGAAAUCUGUAAUAAAUUAUAAAAAUU